ACAAAAUUUAUCGGUUUUAAAUUGUUGCAAGGCCAUCGGACUUUUACCAUCAGCUAUGUCCUCAACCACCAGUGAAGGAAUCAGAAUUACCGCUCCGAGGAUUUGGAGCACUCAGAGAGUCUCCCGUGUGGUGGAACCAGUUAUCAUUGGUGAUGGCCCCCAUGUGCGACGUCCCGACUUGAACCGUCCACAUCGACCAUCCAACCAGAAUAUUUUGACAGCAGGGGAACAACGGCCGCAAACACCAGUGGACACCCGCAACAGCCUUCUUCGAAAAAUAAGUCUUCAACGAAGCCUGGCCUUUUACAAUCAGUUAAGAUGCACAUUCGGAGGAGCUGCGUCCGGAUUUGGUUACUUUUUCAAUUCGGAUCUCAGCAUGAGACGUCAAUUAGGAUGGAAUUCCUAUGCAGGAAUGUUUGGAAGCUGGCAUGGGUUCCCCAUCGAGACUGAAGAAGAGGCGAUUGAGGACGAAAAUAUCCAUGUUAGAAGAUUCUUUCCGGAACGACGCCACUGGCAACGGGCUCAACUAUACUUCCAGCAGUAUCUGGUCCAACGACACUGUAGUCCUCACAUUCCAAGAUCAUUCUCUGUUAAAGUUGAUCUAAGCUCUGUUAAUCUUAAAAACAUUUCCAACAUAUUGUAUGGAGUAGGUAUGAUGGCUGCCUUGAAGCUGGUCUUCAACGAGGUGAUCCACGUCCAUUAGUUUUUUUGGGAGUUUUUGGCUAUUCCAACUUUCGAUAAUAAAGACCA